GUGCGCGUGCAGCAGCAGUCGGUGGUUGGGGUGGUGUUGUGUGGGAGAAACUUCGCCUCUCUUUCUGCGGCUCUUUCUGUUUCUGCAUGCGUGGAAGUCUGUGCGUGUGUGUUUGCGUGCAUGUGUGUUUGUUUCGAGCCUUCACCAGGUUGGGUGGGUUACAUGAGGGGCUUCUCCCUGCUGCAUCCAUUUGACUCAAACUAACCAGCGCCGACCUGUCACCACACAUUUCAGCGUUUUUUGGUGCAAACAGCCAGCUGGUCCUCUCAGAUCAAGGAAGGCGUCUCCUCGCACACUUCGCCCUCAGCAGAGAAGCAGGUUGAAACCUCCGUCUGACUCAUGGCCGUCUGAGCCGACACGGCCCCACCGUGGCCCAUGCUCUGUAUCCGUUUUCCUCCCCGUUCUCCUUAUCCCUCAAGCUGACGCAAAACCCCAGACACCUACCUCCCCUUCCCCAACCCCACCCUCACUCCCACCCCGUCCCCAGCGAUUCACCCCCUCCUGCCAUGGUGUCCGGCACAGAGACCGUGCACUACAUCCAUCUGCACAAUUCCAGCCAGUCGGUGCUGGAAGCCCUGCGCACACAGCGACGUGAAGGCCUCUUCUGCGAUGUGACCGUGCGGAUACACGACGCCUCGCUGCGUGCCCAUGCCUGCGUCCUGGCAGCUGGAAGUCCCUUCUUCCAGGACAAGCUGCUGUUGGGUCACUCUGAGAUAUCCGUGCCGCCUCUGGUACCCGCAGAAACCGUGAAGCAGCUUGUGGAUUUCAUGUACAGCGGCUCGCUGGUGGUGCUGCAGUCGCAGGCCCUCUGCAUCCUCACUGCUGCCAGCAUCCUUCAGAUCAAGACGGUCAUUGACGAGUGUACCCAGAUCAUCUCACAGAGGAAGGCGGCAGCAGGAGCGGCAAGUGCAGCUGCGGCAGCUGCAGCGGCGGCGGCGGCUGCAGGAGGGGCCAUGCUUGGAGGAGUUCUCCCAAAACAAGAAGAGCGUGGCCUGGGGAAAGGGAGGGAGAGUGGAAGCAGUGGAAGCUGUUCUGUUAGUAGCGGUAGUGGAGGUUAUGCAAACUUCUCCAACUUCAUGGCUGAAUGUGGAGCUAAUAACGUGGGUGGGGGUCUGGCAGGUGCCAGCGUUACUGUCAGUGAGAGCGGCCCCGGACCGAUGGAUCAAACUAACACGGUGAAUCUGAUGGCGCUGGGAGACAUGGGCACCAGCUCCAUGUGUGGCAGUGAUGGGAUGGGCCCUGGGGCCGGCACAAUCCUCAUGAAGCAGAGCUCCAGCUGCACUCAGGACGUCAGGUACAAGCUCCGAGACCUGUUGGCACAGACUGCCAACGGAGCCGGCACCGGUAACGCAGGGAACCUCUCCAUGGGCUGCAGCUCCAGCGUUGGCGGCGUGGACGGCAUCAGCAGGGACGGCCUCCGCGGCAACGCGACUGACCUCUCCGAUGACCUGGUGGGGAUGGACAGAUACAGCGAGGAGGAGGACUUGGACGGAAGAGAGCGAGGAAGAGAUGGAGACAGAGACAGGGUGAGCAGCCACAGCCGCAAGCAGAGGCAGCCGAUAAGACUCCAGGUUCUGGGGGGAGAGGGAGUGGUGGUGAAAGAUGAAGGGGUGCAGGAUGCAGAUGGGACCGUCUAUACGCUGGAGGAUGGGAGGCGAGAUCAGGAGCAGGGGAGUCAGGAAUCCAUGGCAACCUUUGGGCAGCAACAGUGGACAGCGAUGCUUUCUGUUAGUGAUGGCGGUGUGUCAGUGCACCAGAAGCAGCAGAUGUUGGCCAAAUCCGGCAUUUACCCAGCCAAGGGCCCGGCGGCAGGACUCGGGGAAUAUCCAGUAGCUGAAGACUUACGCUCUGAAGAAGUCAAGAUUUCUAUGACGAGCAGGGAGUGUUUUCAGAGAGUUUCUGGCCGCAGGAGUGAGCCCAGCUCAGACCAUGGCGUUCAACCCCAGGGGACGGGUCAACAAGCCCAUGACUCCACCUCCGACCACUCAGUCCUCAACAACCAGCUUCUGUUCCAGUACCCAGUGAGCCAGUCGCAGCCCGCUCCGUUCUACGUGGGAGGGCCCAUGGGAGGCAUGGACAACAUGGCAGGAAAUGAGCCCAGUCAGCAGGCUCCGCCCCCAGCACCAAUGACCCCCGCCCCCCACCUUCCACCUCCUCAAUGCUCUGCAGGGCCCUCUCCUUCCUCCCAGGGAUCUGAGACCUCGUUCGACUGCACGCACUGUGGCAAAUCUUUACGUUCCAGGAAGAACUACAGCAAGCACAUGUUCAUCCACUCGGGUCAGAAACCUCAUCAGUGCUCCAUCUGCUGGCGCUCCUUCUCCCUGCGGGACUACCUCCUCAAACACAUGGUGGUUCAUACUGGUGUCCGGGCCUUCCAGUGCACCAUGUGCGGCAAGCGCUUCACCCAGAAAAGUUCUCUUAACGUCCACAUGCGCACCCACCGUGCUGAGCGCACCUUCCAGUGCAAUGUGUGCCACCGAGCUUUCACCCACCGCACCUUGCUGGAGCGCCACGCCCUCCAGCAUGCCCACCACGCGCCCCAGGCUCCAGGCCAGGGUCAGGGCCGUGGAGCCGACAUGACCUCACCUACCAAGCACAGUCCUCCAGCUAUAGGAGGACCCUCAGGUAUGACUGGAGCAGCUGGCAUGGUUGGCAGCAUGGCCAACAUGCCCAGCCAUGGAGCUUCCUCCACUUAAAGUUAGAGAAAGGAAAAGCAGGGGGGAGGAGGAGGAAGUUAGUGAGCCCAUUCCUUGAACCAACACUUAAUCGGUCCUUUUACUCUGGUGGGAAGAGCUCUUACAGGUGUACAGGUUUCAAAAUUUUAGCUUCAGUCAGGGAUCCUGCACAGGGCUGAAGGCCUUUAAGUUUGAAAAUAAUGUACAUUUAUAAGCGGUUUUGGAUCUGUACAAACAUCUUUGGAAAUUUUGUGGAAAAAUGCUAAUAGUAGUAGCCCUACUCUAGUUUCCUGUGUUGUGACAUUUGCUGCUGUGAGGAUGAUGUGAGGUACAGAGCAACAUGCCCACCAGUCACACACAUGAACAGCCAUCUGAGACGUCUUGAAUUUUAAAUAAGGGUUCUCUGCUCUGAUUGGAUCGUUAUCGGCUCGAAUCGCCUCACAAAGAAGCUGGAUAAGAAGGUCUGAUCUUUUUAUUGAAAUGAAGAAGAGAGCCACAUGGUCUUUGUUAAAGGGUGAAGCGAGAAGAGGGAAGGAGGAACUUUUAGGAGCUCUGAGAUUUCAUAUCCAGAUGAGAAGAUGAGAGUUCAGAACCAGAAGUCUUUUCUGAUUAUAAGUUGUGUAAAAACAAGGGAUUGGCAGCCAUUUCUAACCCGCUGUGGCAUCAUUGAUAACAGAUAGCUCUAAAACUACCAUCAUCAUCAUUAGCACUGUUAGAUGCACCGAUUAAAAUCAGACUGCUCUCCUUUGUCUCAGUAUUACAGCUGAACAAUUCGUUGAUUUUAAAUCAGAGUUGCAGUUUAAAUUUUUCUAAUUAGCAAAUUGCAACGAUUAUUAUCAUAAACGGUGCCUGAUCCGAUAGUGUAAAUCAGAUCAAUAACAGCAGACUGUUUAGGUUUUACUGCAAGGACAAAGUAGAAACCUGUUCUAGAGGAAGCUUCAGUGUGGUGGCCACAGGUUGCAUGUUGUAGUUGGUAAAUGAAGCCGUUCAUAUCUCAACUUUACGUCCUGGUUGCAGUAUGAAGCAGUUCUUAUUUACACGUCAUCUCAUGUGAAAAUCCUCCAUCUCAGGUUAGAAGCAUAAUUAUGUGUGAACACUGAAUUGGAGCUGGAUUUUAAGAGAUUAAAUCAUUUUUAGAAAUUUUUUAAAUCUUCAGCAUUCCUCAGCGUAAGGGAGGUGAAUCCGUUUAAAGCAGAAAUCCUGCAGCUUCUCACUUCCUGUGUGGGAGAUGGUGGUCCAUGUAAGUCCUGCCGAUUCACCACGCAGAUGUUGUCUUUACGCUGCCUGAGUGGUUUUUAUCAGAUGAUGCUGUGGUUGUAAAAUCAGGAGGUGACUCACAGUUUUAGCUCCAAUUUUACAUCCUCCUCUCUGGAUUUAAACACAGCUGUUUAUCUGAUGCAUAAACGCUUCAGAUGGACCAUGUGGUUGGUUUCACAGAAAGUCACGAUCAGAGCACCCUUAUUUUAAAUGUUGAAUUGUAUAGGAACUCUGUUUCCGAGAGGUCAGAGUCACCAAAGACAACAGGAAAAUUGGGAGGGGGUGGGGCCAGGGUUUGAUUCACCUUCAAUUCUUUUAAAUCAGGGACUAUUUUCCUUUGUGUCAAACCUCUGUGAACUCAGACACGUGAGAGGUGAAGACACAUUAAACACAACAAGUUGGAAAGAGGAAAACUGUCGGUACCUGCUUUCUCAGCAGGUGUUGGGACAGGCUGUGUUCCUGCACAUACAAACAAAACAAGCCUGCACAUGUCUGACAGACGGCCUCAGGAAUCUGUUUCAGCCCACUACCAUCCUACCUGAGCUAUAUGAGCUGUGUUUAGCAUCAGUGAUGUUAGAAAUAUGUUGGCUGCUUAAAUUUAUCCAAAUCUGCCUCAAGAUGUUAAAGCGAAAUGGUAAAAAAACUAAUUCACAAUCAGAACAUAUGAGUGGAGCCGUGCGACGGACUGGUGAGCCGCCUCUCGCCUGCUAAAUGCUGGGUUAGGCAGCCGCCCCCCCCGCGACCCUUCAUGACGAAGCGCUA